CCCACAUGUAAUUUUUAUGUCAUCAGGCGGUCCAAUAAGCAGUUGCCGAACCGAAACAAUAAACAGGGUUUAAACAAAACGCCGGUCUGGCCGUAACACUCAUCAAUUAAAGGGCGCUUCAAACCACCAGCCAACCCGCCUGCUCAGUUCCAUUUGGCCAAAACAGGACAGGACAGGAUUAGGAUGUCGACGCGUCGCCAGGCGAUCACAUUAUACAGGAAUCUCCUGCGCGAGUCGGAGAAGCUGCCCUCCUACAACUUCAGGAUGUAUGCCGGCCGCAAAAUACGCGACACAUUCCGUGCCAACAGUGGCAUCCGGGAUUUCGGGGAGAUCGAUCGGCAAAUGGUCGCUGGCCAGCAGAAUCUGGAGCUGAUACGUCGCCAGGUGAUCAUCGGCCAUUUGUACAGCGCCGACAAGCUGGUCAUAGAGAACAAGAAGACCUUGAAGCCCUCGGAUGACUGAGGGUGAUGUGAACGAUAAGCCGGUAGCUGAAGAGAGUACAAUAGUAGGGAUGGAGGCAGAGGAGGAGGAGGAGGAGCUGGACGAUUGGCAGGAGCAGGAGCAGGAGGCGUCUCUACAUGAAGACACAACUCGAAAGACUCGACCCACACACAACACACCACACACAUUGUUGAUUUUUUAUGGCACUUUGCAUCCAUCAAACCAAGGAACCGAAAUCAUUUGCUAGCAAAAAAACACCAAUUUAAUGUUAUGUUUAACAACAAUUAUGAAAUUAUAUAUACAUACAUAUAUAUUAAUG